GUUCGGUUUUGAUUCCAUUCGCAAAACAUAAACAAAAAUAUAAAAGAAAAGAAGAAAGAGCGGUAUAUUAUAUACAACACAUAUAUGUACAAUACAACAUUUUUUUGCGAUCGUAGUUGAUCUAAAACCCCAAACCAAAAAGACAAAACGCAAAAUACACUGAGCGAAACAGAAACUCGAACAUUCCAACAACAGCUACAAAGAAGAGGAGAACGUGCUAGCGCGACUAUUUGUAUGCAAACUUAAGGGGAUUUGUGCAAAGCGCAAUCAAAGCUCUUAUUACAUAACAUAAUUCUUAACUCAAUCAAAUACCAAAAAGGAACUAAAUUCUAAGUUUAACAAACGAGCAGUGAGAUUAAAUACUAAGCACAAACAACCGCAACAACAAAAUAAGAAAACAUAAACAAAACAAAAAAAAAAAAUAAAUAAAUAAAAGAAAACAAAAUAAAAUCACAAAUCAGGAGACGAAGACGGGUGCACGGCUACUCUUUUCCAAGUAAAGACAAACCAAAUCGAACCGAAUCGAACCGAACCGAACCAAACUGAACGGAACCGAACCGAACCGAACCCAACGGAGCACAGAAAGCGUAACGAUGACCAACGCCAUGGACAUUGUGAAGAACGGAAGUGCCAACGGCUCCGUCGAUGGCAGCAAUGAUGAGUCGCGCACCAAUUUGAUUGUCAACUAUCUGCCACAAACCAUGACCCAAGAGGAGAUGCGUUCGCUCUUCUCAAGCAUUGGUGAGUUGGAGAGUUGCAAACUGGUGCGUGAUAAAGUCUCAGGUAAUUUGGUCCUACCAGCAUCACUGACCGCACUAAAUCCGGCACUUCAGCAAGGUCAGAGCUUGGGCUACGGCUUCGUCAACUAUGUACGCGCCGAGGAUGCGGAGAAGGCUGUCAAUACCCUAAACGGACUGCGUCUGCAGAAUAAGGUUAUUAAAGUAUCAUACGCCCGUCCAAGUUCAGAAUCUAUAAAGGGUGCUAAUUUAUAUGUAUCGGGUCUUCCGAAAAAUCUAUCACAACCAGACUUGGAGGGGAUGUUUGCAUCGUUUGGCAAGAUAAUUACAUCUCGUAUACUCUGUGAUAAUAUUUCUGGUCUAUCGAAGGGUGUCGGUUUUAUCCGCUUCGAUCAACGCAAUGAAGCUGAACGUGCUAUUCAGGAGUUGAAUGGCAAGACACCGAAGGGCUAUGCCGAACCGAUAACCGUUAAAUUUGCCAACAAUCCAAGCAAUAGCGCCAAGGCCCAGAUAGCACCACCAUUAACUGCAUAUUUGACGCCCCAGGCAGCUGCCGCCACACGCCGGUUGGCCGGAGCAUUACCAUCCGCUGGACGUAUAAGCAUUGGAAAAAGUCCCAUGUUAGCGAUUAACAAGGGCUUACAAAGAUACUCUCCACUGGCUGGCGAUCUCUUGGCUAACUCAAUAUUGCCUGGCAAUGCCAUGACCGGCUCCGGAUGGUGCAUAUUUGUGUACAAUUUGGCCCCCGAGACCGAGGAGAAUGUGCUCUGGCAGUUGUUCGGACCAUUCGGAGCCGUCCAAUCGGUGAAGGUAAUACGCGACCUGCAGACAAGCAAGUGCAAGGGCUUUGGCUUCGUAACAAUGACCAACUACGAUGAGGCAGUUGUGGCCAUACAAUCACUCAAUGGCUAUACACUCGGCAACCGCGUGCUGCAGGUUAGCUUUAAGACCAACAAAACCAAAACCACUUAGAAACUGUACAGGCAACACGCAUGCGACUUUGCGAGAUUGUGCUCGACGCACGACGACUAUAUACUAACACACUACUUAUAUGAUUUAAUUCGGGAUUACCAGAUUACAAGAGAAACCCCCAAACACCCCUUGGCGGCAAGUCGUAGUCAAAAUUGUACAACCUUUUUGGGUAUCUAUUAAUUUGUUUGUGCUAUACCAAAUUAUUAUGAAUAUUAUUAAAGGAAUUUUAGCUAAAAUUUACUUUCUACUAUGCAGGCAAAGACAUAUACGUGUAGUACUUAUGUAUGCAAUUCAGGGCAAGGUAGAGCUGAUGGAGGCGGGACGAGGACUCGUUCCGAGUGAAUCAGUACUGUCUGCCACAUAGCCCGCAUGUAACUAAUUUAGUUCUAAAAUGAAUUCCCUUCUUUUCCUACUUUAAAUUAAAGUAAACCAAACAAAGCUUAAAUGAGGCAACAAAUACAACAAAUACAUAUAAAA